AUGCUUCUUCCUCAAGUCCUCCAAAAUCUCAUGCCAAUCCUGGUACUUGCAGCACCAGCUCUAGCUUGCGUUCAAUUCUCCAUUGAUUACACCUGCCCUGGCACAUCUGCUGGAAGUUGUUACAAUGGGGAUCUAUACAACACGAACGCCGGGCUGACGGACAACGGCUCACAAGUUUGUUCGUUGACCAACCGCAAAGGACAAGUGCCGGGCUGUAACCGAAUUGGAUUGAGUUGCAUUGGAGGAUAUUCUGCGUACUUUGAUGAGAACUUGGUAGUUCAUUAUGCUCAUGGUUCAUUCUCAGGCUCUUUUGGGACGGUUUCAAGACGCCAGGGAGACCAUUGCUGGUAUACAGCCACAGUGUGGUGUUAG